AUGUGGCCUCAGUUCUCGCCCUGGACCAGACUACCCCCGGCCCGAGUCCCACGGCUCGAGUCCCACGGCUCGAGUCCCACGGCUCGAGUCCCACGGCCCGAGUCCCACGGCCCGAGUCCCACGGCCCGAGUCCCACGGCCCGAGUCCCACGGCCCGAGUCCCACGGCCCGAGUCCCACGGCCCGAGUCCCACGGCCCGAGUCCCACGGCCCGAGUCCCACGGCCCGAGUCCCACGGCCCGAGUCCCACGGCCCGAGUCCCACGGCCCGAGUCCCACGGCCCCCAAGUGUUUAUGGUGCCAGAAUACUCCAAACUGCAGCUGGGGCGUGAGUGA